CAGAGCAAUUGCAAUAAACAGAGCUACCCGACGCCGUCGGGCUGCCCAACUUGCGGGAUGAUCCUCACAAAAUGCGCCGUCUGCGCCACCGAGCUUGGCUUAACCUUGGGCAAGAAAUGCGGCCGCUGCAGCACGCGCUACUGCGGCGCCGAGUGCCAGAAACAACACUGGGAGCAAAGAGGCCAUGACAAGCUCUGCAAAUUGAUAAAAAAAGCAGGCGGCGCCGAGCAAUAUCAUGCCGAUACGAAGUAUACGGAGACCGUAGCGGUCGCGGCGGCGGCGUGCGCGGAGGACACGAAGGGCCAGACGUGCUACAUCUGCACGCAGGCGCUCCACUGGAAAACGAAGGAGGGCCUCGUGCGCAUGUGUGCGUGCCGCGGGACGGCGGGCUUCGCGCAUGUGUCGUGUCUGGCGGAGCAGGCGAAGAUUUUGGUCGCGGAGGCCGAGGAGAACAAUUUGGGCAACGAGGCGUUGUCCGAGAGGUUUGCGCGGUGGUAUACGUGUAGCCUGUGCGAGCAAGGCCACCACGGCGUCGUUGCGUGCGCACUUGGGUGGGCAUGCUGGAAGACGUUCGUGGGGCGGCCGGAGGCGGACAUGCUUCGGAGCUGGGCGAUGACUGUACUUGGGGGCGGUUUAUCCGAUGGAAAGCAUGACGAGGACGCGUUGUCCGUGUAUGAGGCUCAGUUGUCCAUGAUGCGGCGGCUUGGCGCACAAGAAGGGAUCAUUCUCGUCGUGCAGGCAACCUUGCCUGCUCAUAUGAGAAAUUCGGACAACACGAUCAAGCUCUGCGGAUGCGGCUUGGUGUAUACUCCGGACGUUUGAGGCUCCACGGCGAGCAACAUCAAAAGACUCUCUUAGCAGCCAGCAACUACGCGGCGACCCUUCUUCAUCUAAAGCGCUUCGAAGAAGGCAGGACACUGCUGCGCAAAACGAUCCCCGUGGCGGAAAAAGUGCUCGGAGAAAGUAAUGACACCACGCUCAGGAUGAAGUCGAAUUACGCGGUAGCGCUCUACAGGGACGCUGGCGCCGCGCUCGACGAUCUCCGCGAGGCCGUGACGAUGCUCGAG